AUGAAGGGAGAAUUGGAUGAUGAGAUGGCGUGUUCGCUCGCUCCACCGACCAGAGCCAUGGACAUUGAAAAGACAGAUCUCGAGAACAAAYACGUCACCACUUUUUCGAUGAGAAAGAUCUCAGCCAAAGGUCCUCCUGUGCAAAGAGCCCCUUUGAAGUAUAGAGAUUAUCAUGUUGACCUAAGAUCUCAGGAGUCUUAG